UAUUUUCCAUACAUACAUUGUGUGUUGGAGACAUCUCAAGAACAAAUAAGACAUUCAUGUUCUUUUCCACUGUAACUGUGAUGUUUUCCAAGUCCUGCCUCCCACAUCCCUGUACAGACCUUCUACUGUAGUAUUUUUCCUGAAACUCAUGUGAUUUACAGGAAAGAGAUUUAAGACAUCUGGCAUUUUAAUAACAUGCAGAUCAUUUCUUAUUGGCUGACAUGCUUCUUGGAUAACAUGAGUACACUUAUUUAAGCCCAGAACAUAGUGGUAAAAGAAUACAGCAGAAGAAUUCAAGAAAACAAAGACACAUCUCUGAUAUACUAUCCAGCAGAAACACUCAGUUUGAUUUUCGGGGCACAGAUUUCCUCAGAACUACAACUAUGUGAACUUGAGUUAAAGUGAACUAUGAAAGAUAAAUCAAACUGUGAGUGAACAUCUAAAAGCAUGUGCAUGUGAUUGAUGUGUAUGAAAGUGACCAUUUGAACAGUGAGAACAUAUCCUAAGUUCCAUUUCUGAGGUAUUAAACUUUUACACUGAAGUUAAUCAUGUUCUAAUGGGUUUAAAAGAAAACACAAAUAUUGUAAAUUAUUUGAUUUUUAUUUCACUGAUUCUUCAAACAGGAAUUAUACUUGAGUAUUAAGAGUAAAAAAUAUAAAUGGCAAAUAAAUAUUUUUUUUUUUAAUUUCGUAUAUUUUGGUGAGAGCUGCCUCACCUGCUUUAUUAGACUCAGGAAGGGAGGAGUGUGUAUCAGACUGUCUCACAUGUAUAUUUUCACUUCAGGAGGCCACCGUAUGACAUUAUACCUGAAGCCUAACAUUGUCAGUCUGUGGAGACACAUCACAAUAAGAAGCUCACAUUAUUUUAUCCCUGCCUGAAGAGAAGAUCAUUGGUUGAAGUGCUUGAAGAUCUUGUGUUUUAGCUCUACAUCUGACUUAAGAUGCUUGAAAAACAACAUAAAUCCUCCAAUUGCGCUUCCAAGAAAGAGGAAGGAAAAGAUCCUACACUCAGUGAGAUAGCUGAGGAUUUGUCAUCAUACUUUAAAGAGUUUUCUCAGUUUAAAAAAUAUGAAAAAGAUAUUAAAAGGAAAUACAAAAAGUAUUAUAAUACUACACUGCCUGAUCGCUGGCCAGUUGAGUUCAUCAACAAAGCUUGGAGAAAAACAACAAAACACAUGUACACAUUCUCAGCCAGAAGAAAAUGCUGGUCUCUUGCUAUAUUGCUGCAGGUGAUGAAAAGAAGUCAGGGGUAUGAUAAGAGAGAAGAGCUACAGAAAAAACACAGUUAUGAUGAGAGUCAAAGAGAAGAAACACAGUCUGACCUGAAGGAGGAUAAUCAGCAGUCUGGAGGAGAUCCCAGUGCUGUCUACAUACGCAUCCCAUUCGCAGAGAUGACUGACAACAAAAAAUGCUCUAGCUCAGAUAACCCUCAAAAUGAAAACACACAUAAAUUAAUAGACAAAGUCCCUUCACCUACUCAAAUGCUCCAAAAUAAUUUUUACAUUACAUUAUAUGACAAUCAAACCAGGAAUGCUGCAUGGGUGUAUGAGAUAUUGAACAAGAGUACUCUAGCUAUUAAUGUUCAUAGGUAUCAAAAUCUUAAAUUUAAAAGAGAUGCUUCAGUUCAUCCACUCUUCCAAGCACCUGAAGGCGAAAACUCGUAUAAGGAUAAAAGAUACAACCAUGGUCAUCUUGCUGCACGUGCCAAUCACAGGUGGUGUCAGAAAGCCUAUGAGGACACUUAUUUGCUAAGCAAUGUUGUACCACAGCAGCGUGACUUUAACAAAGGCCCGUGGAGCAAUUUGGAGGAACUUUGCCGGAAAAUAGCUCAGAAAGAUGAAGUCCGUAACGUCCAUGUGUACACUGGACCACUUUACCUACCAAGCGACAAUAAAAAGGAUAAUAAUAAUAAAUACAAGUUUUUGGGAGGGAAAGCAGUGCCAACUCACUUGUUUAAGGUGAUAAUUGUGGAGAAUAAUGAUGGGAAAGUACUAAAACCAGAGUGCUAUAAGAUGCCCAAUAAGAAAGAACCGGUCACUUCAGUAACCCACCAGAAAGGACCGUUUGAAGUAAAGGUCACUACAAUAACUGAUAAAUUAGCCUAUGACAUAGAGUGUUAUGAAAAAACACUGAAACCAUACAAUGUGUCAAUUGAAGAAAUCCAGAGAGACUCUGGGCUGAUCUUCGAAGAAAGGGAAAUCAGAGAGAAAAUGAAGGACAAAACAUGGAAAGUGCAAUGGAAGGAAACCCAAGAAAAUCCUAAUGCACAAGAACGUGUAACUGAGAUAGAAAUCAAAGUAAGCGGCUCAUAAACUGAUCACAGUGAUCGUGCUGUACACUGAAACACAGAGAGUUGUGUUUGAUCUUAUGUGUGUGUUUGGAUGGACUGACCAUCUGUAGAGGAAAAGAGGGAACGCUUGUUUGACUAUACAAUUGCAACUGUUGUUGAAACUACUCAUUAUUAUUAUUAUUAUUAUUACUUUUUAUAAAUGCAUGACUUGGACCAAAAAUCACAGAGAAGCGGCAGUCAAGUGUGUUCAACAGGAACUCCAAUAUUGUGUAAAAAACAUCUCAUAUUAUAAGAUUGUCUUGAUGAAAACUGUACAGUUAUGUAAAAUUACAAUAUACUUUGAAGAAGCUAAAAUAUAACAGAUUAUAUUUAAUUCAUCUUUUUUUAGUUCCUACAUAACUCCAACAUAUAGUUUAUUAUUCGUAAAUGUGUAAAAACAUAAUAAUAAUGAGUUUCCAAAUGUGUAUCUGAGUGAACAGAAUUCAAUGACAUAUAACAGAUAUUCGCUCAUGUUUCUACAUAUCUAAUUUUCUUUGAAAUGUUUGCAGUGAUUCUGUAUUGGUUUUAUAAGACACUUUCUCUGAGAAAACCAAAUACUGACUUUGUUCAUGUCUUAUUUUACAGUUUACAUUAUAUUACAGACAAGUAUAUUGUUUUUAUCUUAUUUGAUUAAUUAAUUGAUUGACAUCUUAUUUUAAUACUUUAAUAUUAUUUUUUUUUUAUAUUGUUUAAUUUCCUUGCCAUUAUUUCUUUUGUGUAGUAAUGAUUUCACACUAUUGUUUGUAAACACAGUCACGCUAAUAAAGUAU